AUGCCGACAUGGAAUCAACGCAAACGCGUUAUCGAUGCGACACUGUCCUCUUUGGCACGCUCCUUGCCUUCGUCCGCGCUGCCGAACGAGCUGCUGCACCUGACCUUGUCCGAGGUUGAGAGACUGGCAGCACAGGGACAGGGUACGAGGGCAUGAGCGACUGCCUUGGAGUACACUGUUCAGGAUGAAAGCUGAUAAUGGAAUCAAUUGACAGAUGUGGCUCCCGCGUUACUACGCCUGCAGAAGGUAGUGCUGAGCAUGGAUGAUUUCGUCGUCGCGGGCACGCUCUCUCGCUCCGGCUCGUUUGCCAGUGUACAGCUCGUGAUCGCGCAGAAGCACCUUGCCUCGUCGUCAGCAACGAAACUUGCGUUCAAUGGUUCGGAUAAGUACUACAUCGUAAAGACUCUGGAUCGCAGUUGGGGAUAUCGGAUGCAGAACGUGAGUCCUCUGUACCGAGUCCGAUCCUGUCUGCGAAUUCUUUCAGAAACGGAAAACCCUGACCAGAUCGCCCUUUUCGCCCUCACCCCUGGCUUCUAAUCACAGCAGCAGUUCAUAAGGCACGAGCUUGGUAUACUUCAGCAGUCGCUCGAGACCCUUCCAGAUCGCCGACAUACACCCACCCUCAUCGCCUCCUUCCUAUCGCCCGAGCGUUUCCAUCUCGUGAUCUCGCACUGCCCGGGCGGCGAUCUGUGGACUCUACUCGAAGCGACGAACGCCAACGUCGCUGCCCAUCAGAGACCGGACGAUUCUCUCGUCAGUAUCGUUGGUAUUGAGGAAGGACUUGUUCGAGGAUGGAUGAAGGAAUUACUCGAAGCGCUCGAGUGGCUCAAUUCCAAAGGAUGGGCACAUCGGUUCGUCGCCGAUCCCUGUGAGGAAUUUGCUCCAACCUGGCGAGGGCGCUGAUAUUUUGCCUUAUUUGCAUUGCAGCGACGUCAAACCACAAAAUCUGCUCCUCAACGAAAACGGUCGACUCCUUCUUACCGAUUUUGGCUCUGCUGCUCCUAUCCGGGGGGACCCAUCCAGAACGUCCACAUCACAUCGACGGUCUUCGAUUGCCAAGAGAUACUGCCGAGCCCUCGUUGGAACACCAGACUACAUCGCUCCCGAGGUUCUCAAGUACGCCGAAAGUCUUGUUGAACAAGACGUCGAUGAAAGCUUCGGAGGUGGCGAGCCCAACGCGGACGAUGGUGACGAGCGAGCGUAUGGCGCUGAAGUCGACUUGUGGAGCUUUGCAGUGGUCAUUUUCGAGGUGAGCCUAACGCAAAGCGAUAAGUGGACAUGUCAUUGUGGAUCUGACUGGAUGAUUCUUGAGGAUCACAGCUCCUGACCGGUCAAGCGCCCUUUUUCGCCGAAUCGAUCGCCGAGACGUAUGACCGCAUCAUCAACUCUGCCGUCAGUCCUUCGGCGCUAGGUCGAAGGUUCGUGGCCCUGUGGGGACGUGGCUGACCUUUACACUGACCCCAAACAGACAACCUUGGCUCUGCCCCUACCGUUUCCCAUCACUCCCGCCGCGACAUCUCUGAUAUCGAGCUUACUUGUCCCGGCCUCGUCACGACCCUCGCCGAUCUCGCUCAGGUCGCACCUUUUCUUCAAACCGCUCCCCUCCACCUCGACCUACGUUCCACCAGCCUUCGAUAUACCGACUUCAACGGGGACCCCAUCAUCGCCCGAGACUUCGAAAGCCGAUGCCAACGACGAUGUCCCCCAGCUUUUCAACUUCAAUUCGGCUUUUUUCUCUUCCCCCGGUUUAUCGAUCCUUCGACCCAGCCCGAAAUCGUGCCAGAGGAGUCGAGAACAGGAGGAGCAGUAUUGGAAGGGGAUAUUCACUUGGAUGCCUGAUCAAAAUGAGUUCGAGCAACAGAUCCCAACCAGAGGCACGGAAUUGACACAGGAAACGCAGGCUCGCAUGACCACGCGCCAAAGCACCCCUUUGCAUCCCUCUGUUUCGCGCCACCGCCAAUCCGAGCAUCUGAUGACCGGCACGCCCAUCUCGCGAUUGAUCGGCGCCCAAACCCCGGUACCAAACCGCUGUCGUACCUCCUCGACCCCCGUCGAAGAAGGGGAUCAUGAACAGGAUGCUCAACCAGGUCGAGGGAGCAGUGGAAGGGCGAAACGUAAUGUCUCUGACCUGGAAGCGUGGAAGGAGAUGCAGGAGAGGGCUUGGGUGGUGGGGAUGACGGGGCGGAAGGCGAGUGCGGCGAAAGGGGUCGAUCGGGGGAUCGCUUCGCCGAGCGAUCGGUUGUCCAAAGCUCCUGCACAGUGGAAGGAGGCUGAGAAGGACGACAUUGUUGAUGGAUUGAGGAAGAGGCAGGAGGCUGUCCUGAGAGGCUUAGCCGGGCUCGAGAAGAAGUACGAAAGUUUGUUCAAGCUCGCAGAUGCAGAAAUGGCCCGAUCUUCUCCAAACCUCCGGCAGCGAAAAUGA